UUUGAAAUAUUUGUUAUUUUUCCAAUUUUAUUUAUUUAUAACCGAUUAAUUUUAUUCUCUAUCUCUCUCCGAGACCUCGUAUAUAAUAUAUUUCUAUCUUUCUCUGGUUCUCUCUUCGGCUGCUCCGGCGAUUUUUUUUAUUUUUUAUUUUGGCGAUCUCUGGUGGGAUUCGGCAUUCAAGGGAAAAUGACAGAGCCAAAACCUGAUACCCCCUUGAUCCCACCCUCAUCGUCGCGUAACCUCCCUGAUUUCAAGAAAUCCAUUAAACUAAAAUAUGUGAAGCUGGGUUACCAUCACCUCAUCACUCAUGGAAUGUUCCUUUUCCUCACCCCUCUUGUGGUUGUAAUGGCCGUACAGGUCUCAACAUUUUCUCUCCAUGAUCUUUAUGAUCUCUGGGAGCAUUUACAGUACAAUCUACUUUCAGUGAUCAUCUGCUCGACUCUCCUCGUUUUCUUAUCCACCGUCUACUUUCUCACCCGGCCUCGCCCUGUGUACCUUGUCAACUUCUCCUGCUACAAGCCUGACGAGUCGAGAAAGUGCACCAAAAAGAUCUUCAUGGAUCAAUCUCAGAUGACUGGUACGUUUUCAGAGGAUAAUCUUCAGUUCCAGCGUAAGAUCCUUGAGAGGUCUGGCCUUGGUGAGUCUACUUACCUUCCAGAGGCUGUUCUCAAUCUUCCUCCAAACCCUUCAAUGAAAGAAGCUAGAAAUGAAGCUGAGGCUGUGAUGUUUGGUGCUAUUGACGAGCUUUUUGCCAAGACCGCAGUAAAACCCAAAGACAUUGGAAUUUUGAUUGUGAAUUGUAGCUUGUUCAAUCCAACCCCGUCUCUUUCUGCCAUGGUUGUCAACCACUACAAGCUUCGUGGAAACAUAGUUAGCUAUAAUCUAGGUGGGAUGGGUUGCAGUGCCGGGCUGAUCUCAAUUUCUCUUGCUAAAGAACUUCUUCAGGUUUAUCCAAACUCCUAUGCAUUGGUUAUCAGCAUGGAGAACAUCACACUGAAUUGGUAUUUCGGAAAUGAUCGAUCAAAGCUUGUUUCCAAUUGCUUAUUCCGAAUGGGAGGAGCGGCGAUAUUGCUUUCUAACAAAAGCUCUGACAGAAGAAGAUCCAAAUACGAAUUGGUGCAUACGGUUCGGACUCACAAGGGUGCAGAUGACAAGUGCUUUGGAUGCGUCACUCAAGAAGAGGACUCGACGGGGAAGGUUGGCGUUACUUUGUCGAAGGAUCUUAUGGCAGUUGCUGGUGACGCUUUAAAGACAAACAUCACCACUCUGGGGCCUCUUGUUUUGCCAAUGUCCGAACAGCUGCUAUUCUUUGCUACACUAGUUGGGAAAAAACUUUUCAAGAUGAAGGUGAAGCCUUAUAUUCCAGAUUUUAAACUAGCUUUUGAGCAUUUCUGCAUUCAUGCUGGAGGAAGAGCUGUUUUGGAUGAACUGGAGAAGAACUUGCAGCUGUCAGAUUGGCAUAUGGAGCCGUCAAGGAUGACACUUUAUCGAUUUGGGAACACCUCAAGCAGUUCUCUUUGGUAUGAACUGGCCUAUACAGAAGCAAAGGGGAGAAUGAAGAAGGGAGAUAGAACAUGGCAAAUAGCAUUUGGUUCAGGGUUUAAGUGUAACAGUGCAAUGUGGAAGGCUCUCAGGACUAUAAACCCGGCCAAGGAGAAGAACCCUUGGAUGGAUGAAAUCCAUAGCUUCCCAGUAGAUGUUCCAAAGGUAUCGACCAUCUAAUUUCAAGAAACCUUAGAUGUACCAAAGCUAUUUUCUGGCUGAAUGGUGGAAUUUUUACUUCUUUUGUGAUUGGUGGAAGGUUUAGGACUUGAUUGUGCUUGUACGGCUGAGUGGUAGCUAGGUCUGGUUUGAGAGGAUCCUAUAUUCAUGGGAUGCCGCUUUGGUUUUGGCAUGUUGUAAAACUAUAUUCAUGGCUGGUCAGAAGGGAAUUUAUGUUUUGAUUA